AUGGACUUCAUUGCAGUGCUGGAGGCCCUCAAACGUACAUCGGUACGACGUGAAAUUGAUAUGUGCGACAGCUUCGAAGUUUGGCUUGGCUCAUUUUGUCGAAAGAAGCAGGGCGUCUUCGAGCAGUGGCUGUUGGUGACGGCUGCAGCCUUCAACGCAACACCAGACUGCGCUUGCUUGGUGUUCCUCGAUCAGGCAGAGCUGCUUGUGAAUCAUGAGGUCGAGGGACUGAGCCACCAUGGUGGACAGAAAUCAGCUUUCACCGAAAUACUUGGCGAAUUCCCGCAGAAGAUGGGCAUGUUUUCGGCAGGCACGGUGAAUAUCUUGACCGAUAGGCCAUCGGAGGAGUACACCUCGCUUAAGGUCCAGGAAGUACCGGCUCUGGCGCCAUUGUCGCUGCAAGCCGCCGGACGGGCCAUGGCAGAGUGGGGAGGCAUGCAAUACAAGAAGAAGGAAUUCGACAACAUUCACCUCUUCUCGGCUGGGGUACCCCGGCUUCUGGAGGCGGCUUUCCAGACCUGGGGUGAGUUGGCAUCAACUGCUCAGGUUGCACUCAAUGCCAUGUCGCAGGAGUUCAGAAGCUCGUAUGCGGAUGCAGCCCCCUACUUCAAUCAGCCAGAAGUGGCCUUGGCGUUGGUUCUUUGCUCGGCGGUUCGAUGGCCUGCAGAAGGCCACCAGCUUGUGCCCGGAACCUCAGUGAGGUGGUCAGACAUCUUCAGGGCCGGAGCAGCAUUUCCAAACAACAAGUCCGUACUGGUUCCACGGCUGUGGUGGUGUGAGGAUACCAAUAUCAAAGACGCCAUCCGAAACGAUUUGAAAGAGCUGAACAUUGACCUGGAGGGGCUCCUGCCAGAUUCCUUGCAGUUGCUCAACAGCCCAACAAGGGGUGCCACUGAAAGGGGGGAGAAGUGGGAAGAGCUGGUUGCAAAUUCCCUGGCAGCGCGGUUCCGCCUUCACUGCAUAGCAAGAAACCUGAUUGCUGAAGUCCCUGGGUCCCUUUUUUGA